AUGUCAAGCACUGCUGGUCAAGUCAUAAAAUGCAAAGCUGCUGUUGCAUGGGAAGCCGGAAAGCCGCUGGUGAUUGAGGAGGUGGAGGUGGCGCCGCCGCAGAAAAUGGAGGUCCGGUUGAAGAUCCUCUUCACCUCCCUCUGCCACACCGAUGUCUACUUCUGGGAAGCCAAGGCUCAAGAUUCUGUCUUUCCUCGAAUUCUCGGACACGAAGCAGCCGGGAUUGUGGAGAGUGUGGGAGAAGGAGUUACCGAACUUGCACCGGGCGAUCACGUGCUCCCAGUUUUUACCGGCGAAUGUGGCGAAUGCGCUCACUGCAAAUCCGAAGAAAGCAAUAUGUGCAGCCUUCUGAGGAUCAACACCGAACGGGGCGUAAUGAUUCAUGAUGAAAAACCGAGAUUUUCCAUCAAAGGAAAGCCGAUUUACCAUUUUGUGGGGACUUCCACAUUUAGUGAGUACACAGUGGUUCAUUCCGGCUGUGUUGCCAAAAUCAAUCCGCUUGCUCCUCUCGACAAAGUUUGCGUGCUGAGUUGCGGAAUCUCAACAGGCCUUGGUGCUACAUUGAAUGUUGCUAAACCAACUAAGGGCUCGUCGGUUGCUGUUUUCGGACUUGGAGCUGUUGGGCUUGCCGCUGCGGAAGGAGCCCGAUUGGCUGGUGCUUCAAGAAUUAUUGGUGUGGACUUAAACCCUGCUAGAUUUGAAGAAGCCAAGAAAUUUGGAGUGACUGAAUUUCUGAACCCAAAGGAUUAUAACAAGCCAGUUCAAGAGGUGAUAGCUGAGAUGACUGAUGGAGGGGUCGAUCGAUGUGUGGAAUGUACCGGAAAUGUCAACGCCAUGAUAUCUGCAUUUGAAUGUGUUCACGAUGGAUGGGGAGUAGCUGUUCUAGUUGGUGUGCCUCACAAAGACGCCGUUUUCAAGACUCACCCGAUGAACUUUUUGAACGAGAGGACUCUAAAGGGAACUUUCUUCGGGAACUACAAACCGCGCUCUGAUCUUCCAUCGGUUGUCGAAAUGUACCUGAAAAAGGAACUUGAAGUGGAGAAGUUUAUUACUCAUGAGGUGCCGUUUGCUGAGAUUAACAAGGCUUUCGAGCUUAUGCUGAAAGGCGAAGGCCUCCGUUGUAUCAUCAGAAUGGAGUGA